CUCCGGUACACGCGCGCGGAUCAGCGGAGCUCGAGCGCGUCUGAGUGAAAUCACGUCAGUGUGAAUGACUCUGAUACACCGGGCUGGACAUCUGUCUUGCAACACACACACACACACACACACAAAGUCUUCGCGUUGCAUUCAGGUGAAGAAGAGCUUUUACUUUGGGUUUAUUGUCUCUGAGGUUGUAUCUGGAAAUGAAGCAGCACUGGCUCAGCAGUCCCGUGCUGCUCCUCGUGUACCUCCAGAGCGCCUUCGCGAUGUUCAUCCCUAAUGGCACACACCUGGAAGCCAUGAUGGAGAAGUACAUGGAUAAGGAGGACUCGUGGUGGGAGUCCAGGCCGAGAGGCAAGAGGGCGAUCUCGCACAGCGACAUGCAGCUCAUCCUCGACCUUCACAACAAGCUCAGGGGUCAGGUUUAUCCUCCUGCAUCCAACAUGGAGUACAUGGUGUGGGACACGGAGUUGGAGCGCAGUGCAGAGGACUGGGCUCACACCUGUCUGUGGCAGCACGGCCCGUCUCACCUGCUCACACAGAUCGGACAGAACCUGGGGGCGCACUGGGGCAGAGAACGACCUCCGACCUUUCACGUGCAGGCGUGGUACGAUGAAGUUCAGCACUUCAGCUUCCCCUAUCCACAGGAGUGUAACCCCUACUGUCCCUACAGGUGCUCCGGACCCAUCUGUACACACUACACACAGUUGGUUUGGGCCACCAGCAAUAAAAUCGGCUGUGCCAUCAACGUGUGCUACAACAUGAAUGUCUGGGGAAUGAUCUGGGCCAAAGCCAUCUAUCUAGUGUGUAAUUACUCACCACCGGGGAACUGGUGGGGUCAUGCGCCGUAUAAACAUGGCCGGCCGUGUUCAGCGUGUCCGUCCAGCUACGGAGGAGGCUGCAGGGACAACCUCUGCUAUAAAGAUGAUGGCAGUCAGAGAUAUUACGCCCCCGAGCCAGAGGAGAGUAACUACAUUGAGCCGGAGCCAUCGCACAGCCAGUCAUCUGCACCUGCUGAUCACUCACACACACCAACACCAGCACCAACACCAGCACCAACACCGUCACGUAACCGCGGCCUGGACAGGAACGAGAUCGUCAGCACCGAGCAAAUGUCUCAGCAGGUGGAGUGUGAUGUAAAGUUACGGGAUCGGUGUAAAGGAACCACCUGCAACAGGUACGAAUGUCCACCUGGAUGUUUAUACAACUACGGAAAAGUGUUGGGAUCGGGAUAUUACGAUGUGCAAUCCAGUAUCUGUGGCGCCGCUUUGCACGCCGGGAUUAUAGACGAUGACGGAGGCUGGCUGGACAUCACCAGAGUCGGCAGACGAACACGAUUCACCAAGUCCCACCAAAACGGAGUUCAGACGCUGGCGAAAGAGCAGAGCGCUAAUGCCUUCACUGUGUCAAAGGUACCAGUAAAAGCGAUAUCCUGUGACAUGACUGUGGCUGAAUACUGUCCUUUCAAAAAGCCCGUCACACAUUGUCCAAGGUUGUAUUGUCCUCGUAACUGCCUGUACAACAGUCACGCCCGUGUGACCGGGACGCGUUACUACGCAGAUAGCUCCAGUAUUUGUCGGGCUGCGAUUCACGCCGGUGUGAUUCAGAACGAAUCGGGUGGAUAUCUGGACGUGAUGCCGGUGGACAAGAGGCGAUACUACAGCGGCUCCUACCAGAACAGAAUCACAUCAGAGAGCUUGCGGAAUCCCACAGGAGGAAAAGCGUUCCGAGUUUUUGCGGUGAUCUGAAGCCCCAGUCCAAGGACACACGCCGUAGCGGAGCAGAACGGCCAACAAUAACAGCGUCCCUCAAUGCUGCGCUGAAAAAUCUCUCAACGGACACAAAAAAGACAUUAACGCCAACCAUAUGGCUAAUCGAGAAGCAGCGGACUUCAGCUUUGUGUACAUGUUCUGUAUAAUAUCAUGUUGUAAAUGUUUCUCUAAAUGUUUCUGCAGAAGGACACACAGAGGCCAGGUGUUAGUUUUUUCUGUCCCGUUUUCUUAACAAAAGAAAAAUGUCUUAAUGUUAGCUAGAUACCGUAGUUUUACAGGGUUUAUCUGACGAUUCCUCGAUAUUGCGAAUUACAUCGACUAUUUGUAGCUGCAGCUCAGUCUCCUUCUGCCACACGUUAGCCAUUGAGCUGUAAAAGUGAAUCCUGAAACUUGCUAGUAAACCUUCCAAAUGUUGGCUAGCAUGCUAGUGAACUUACACCAUAUCAAUUUGUUGCUAGUUUAUACAAUAGUUGGCUUGAUAAGUGUAGCUAACAAUACAAUUAGCUAGUUUUUCAGUAUAGUUAGCACUUAAUACAGUAGUAUACGGAUAGCUACUAGUGUCAAAUAUCUACUACUGGAAAGGUAACAUUAGCUAAGCUAAUUAGCUAAGAAGCAUUGCUAGUGGUGCUAAAUUAGAAAUAUUCCAGUUCUGCCAUAAUUCAAAAGUUGUGAUGUUUACUUUGUCAUCAGCUAAUCUACAGACAUGCUAACGAUGAUGUAAAAAAAUCAUAAAGUCUAAUCAUUCUUGGUGUCUCAGAUAAUACUAAUAUCUCAAAAGAAGAACUUCUGUGAUCUCGGAAAGGCUAAAAACAUAAUUUCAAGGUGAGUGGACAAAUAAUAAAAAAUAAUCAAACUAGCAUGACUGAGAUCUAAAUAGCUGAUGUUAGCAAGGUGUUGUGUAUGAGUACAUGGCUAAAGGUUAGCUCAGGUUAGCUAGAUCAGAAUAUGCUAAUUCUGACCGAAAUACCACUUCUGGAUCGAACUGCGCGGAUAAUACACGUUGUAGUCAUGUUUUAAUGUCAGCUUCUCUAAAUACAGGCUAAGGAAGAGGCGAAAUUGUAAAAUCAAACUUUCUGAUCUACCUGCCAAAUCGUUCAGUUCGUUAUCUCAAUAAAACAAUUUCGGGAUCGAUAGAAAAAUACGUUCAAGAUGACGGGACAGAAAAAACACAGAAAAUUAGCUUGACCUCUUUGGACUUUUGUAUACUGUUCUGUUUUUUGUUAACAAGUUCUUCUUCUUCUUCUUUUUUUAAUUUGUAACGAUCGUCUAUCUGUACAUAAAGGUUUCGAUUACACGCUGACUGGGUUGCCAGUUUAUUAGGUACACCUACGCUGUGUCUAGACUCUAUUUCAUCAUAUAAAGGUCACUUUGUAUGUCACACUGCUGUAGUAGGAGAAAAAAUAAACACCACGUGGAUAUUAUCUGCUCAGUGCUGCCCCAUUCUGAUCAGCGAACAUGGUGUAGAGGGGUGCCAAUACAUUUGAGCAGAGCAACAGAUCGUACGCAGUGCAUUUAUAGUGUAGGUGAACCUGAUAAAAACGGCAACUCGGUGGAUAUAAAGCGUAUUAACACCCCUGAGUUUUUUCCUUAUCGCGUGCGAGGUUACGACUUUACGACGUCAAUGAAGUUUCUAUUUUUGUACUUUUUUUUUUUUUUUUUGUAUCACUGCCGCAUCGGAGUUCGAACCUGGCAGGCCAGGAAAAAAAAAUCGCUCAACACUUUGGAAAAAAUUCCGAUAAUUUUCCAUGAGAGGAGUGUGAGAGUGUGUGUGUGUGAAAGGGGGAUGAGGGAACUGACGCAGAAACGUUACUAUAAGUAUUUAUUAUUCGCCCGUGCCGAAUAAAGCUACGCUUUCACUAGGCAUGUGCAGAUAUUUACGUUUUUAUAUCGCAAUAAACGUAUAACCUGUCUUUGUUAAUACUACACUAAUAAUACGUUAUUACUACACGGUAUAUUCGCUCAUGUUUAAAAGUAAAUAGAAGGUGUAAAGACGGUAGCACGAAAAAACACAAUAUCGUAAAGACGAAUAUAGAUUAGAACAUAUGUUUAUAUAUAUAUGAUUUAUGUUUAGGAAAAAAAAUUAACAUCAUAGUACAAUAUAUUCCAGAUCCAUAAGGUGUUAAAAACUCGGUCUUGUUUUUAUUUUCCCACAAAAAUAAAUAAAAUAAAAUAAAAUCCACAGAAUAGGAAUCUAUCCCGUGUGAAUAUUGUGAUAAACCGUCUAAGCGAUUAUCAGCACAUGCCUACGCAUCAGUUACUCAGUCCUUAUUCUCUAACCCGAAUAAUCCACCUGCAGGGGAUGUGUGUUAUUAUUUCAUUAAAAUAAAUGUCAAUAUGAUCAAAGCUGA